UUAGCCAAACAUGGGCAUUCCUGCAUGGCAGAUCAUUGUGAUAGCGGGGAUCCUUUCGGGGAUCUUCUGGAUGAUUUAUUGGCGUCUUUUGAAUGGGAGGUCGAAGCGGAGGGCGGUUCCGCGUGGCUUCCGGGCAGGAUCAGGGUCAGGCGGGUUGAGUCAGCCAGAGAUCCAGCCGACUCUACUCGACCCGGCACAAUCCAAGCCAGCAUCCGCCGACCAUCUCCACUCCAGACAGGAGGUCCACAUCGACUCCGACAUUUCUGACAUGGCGGACCCCGCGGCGGACGACAGCAAGUUCCUGUUCCUGCAGAACGACUUCCGCAACAGCGGCGUGGCGCAGGCCGACUGGGCGGCCAAGAAGAUGGUGUGGGUGCCGUCAGAGAGAGAGGGCUUCGAGGCGGCCAGCAUCAAGGAGGAGAAGGGCGAUGAGGUUCUGGUGGAGCUGUCAAACGGCCGCAAGGCCACGGUGAACAAGGAGGACAUCCAGAAGAUGAAUCCGCCCAAGUUCAGCAAGGUGGAGGACAUGGCCGCCCUCACCUUCCUCAACGAGGCCUCCGUACUUCAAAACCUGCGGGAGAGAUACUUCUCCAGCCUCAUCUAUACGUACUCCGGUCUCUUCUGCGUGGUGGUGAACCCCUACAAGAUGCUGCCCAUCUACUCGGAGAAGAUCAUCGAGAUGUACAAGGGCAAGAAGCGUCACGAGGUGCCGCCGCACAUCUACUCCAUCACCGACAACGCCUACAGGAACAUGAUGCAAGACCGUGAGGAUCAGUCCAUUCUCUGCACAGGAGAGUCUGGAGCGGGGAAAACGGAAAACACCAAGAAGGUGAUCCAAUACCUGGCCCUCGUCGCGUCCUCGCACAAAGGAAAAAAGGAAGCAAACCCUCCGCCACAGCAACAACAGCAACAACAAGCGGGAUCGCUGGCUUACGGGGAGCUGGAGAAGCAGCUGCUGCAGGCGAACCCCAUCCUGGAGGCCUUCGGCAACGCCAAGACCAUCAAGAACGACAACUCGUCACGAUUUGGCAAGUUCAUCAAGCUCAACUUUGACGUGACCGGCUACCUUGUGGGGGCAAACAUUGACACCUACCUCUUGGAGAAGUCUCGCUGCAUCCGUCAGGCCAACACGGAGAGAGCCUUCCACAUCUUCUAUUACAUGGUGGCAGGAGCCAAAGACAAGAUCAAAGAGGAGCUGCUGCUGGAGGACUUCAGCAGCUAUCGUUUCCUGGUGGCGGGACACGUGGAGGUAUCUGGUCUGCAGGACGACGAGCUGUUUGACGAGACCCUGGAGGCCAUGGAGAUCAUGGGCUUCACAGAGGAGGAGAGAAUAGGGAUGUUAAAGGUGGUGUCCACCGUUCUCCAGCUGGGCAACAUCAAGUUUGAGAAGGAGAGGAACAACGAGCAGGCCACCAUGCCGGACAACACGGCUGCCCAGAAGGUUUGUCACCUUCAAGGCAUCAACGUGACCGACUUCACCCGCGCCUUCCUGACCCCCAGAAUCAAGGUGGGCCGCGAGGUGGUGCAGAAGGCUCAGACCAAGCAGCAGGUAAGAAUCCAGCAGAAACCCGUCUUGGCGUCGUCCUCCAAGCCUUCACCGUCCGUCCACCAGGCUGAUUUUGCGGUGGAGGCGCUGGCGAAGGCCAUGUACGAGCGUCUGUUCCGCUGGAUCCUGGCCCGGGUCAACAAGACCCUGGACAAGAGCAAGAGGCAAUCUUCCUCCUUCCUGGGAAUCUUGGACAUCGCUGGCUUUGAGAUUUUCGAGGACAACUCGUUUGAGCAGCUGUGCAUCAACUACACCAACGAGCGCCUGCAGCAGCUCUUCAACCACACCAUGUUCAUCCUGGAGCAGGAGGAGUACAAGCGCGAGGGCAUCGAGUGGAACUUCAUCGACUUCGGCUUGGACCUGCAGCCCUGCAUCGAGCUCAUCGAGAGGCCGAACAACCCCCCGGGCAUCUUGGCCCUGCUGGACGAGGAGUGCUGGUUCCCCAAAGCGACGGACGUCUCCUUUGUGGACAAGUUGCUGAACACCCACACGGGUCACGUCAAAUUCUCCAAACCCAAACAGCACAAAGAUAAGCUGAUGUUCACUGUUCUGCACUACGCUGGUAAGGUGGACUACAACGCCGCCAGCUGGCUGACGAAGAACAUGGACCCUCUCAACGACAACGUGACGGCUCUGCUCAGCAACUCCUCCAGCAACUUCAUCCAGGACCUCUGGAAGGACGCGGAUCGAGUGGUCGGCCUGGAGACCAUGGCCAAGAUGUCGGACAGCUCCAUGCCCACCUCCACCAAAUCCAAGAAGGGGAUGUUCCGCACGGUGGGCCAGCUGUACAAGGAGUCCCUGGGCAAGCUGAUGACCACGCUGCACAACACGCAGCCCAACUUUGUGCGCUGCAUCAUCCCCAACCAUGAGAAGAGGGCGGGCAAGAUGGACGCCAACCUGGUGCUGGAGCAGCUCAGGUGCAACGGCGUGCUGGAGGGCAUCCGAAUCUGCAGACAGGGAUUCCCAAACCGCAUUGUGUUCCAGGAGUUCCGGCAGAGGUACGAGAUCCUGGCUGCCAACGCCAUCCCGAAAGGCUUCAUGGAUGGGAAGCAGGCCUGCUGCUUGAUGGUGAAGCAUCUGGACCUGGACCCCAACCUGUAUCGCAUCGGCCAGAGUAAGAUGUUCUUCAGGACGGGGGUGCUGGCUCAGCUGGAGGAGGAACGAGACAUCAAGCUCACCGUCAUCAUCAUCUCUUUCCAAGCACAAGCGAGGGGCUUCCUGGCCCGCAAGGCUUUCAGUAAACGUCAGCAGCAGCUGAGCGCCAUGAAGGUCAUCCAGAGGAACUGUGCCUGUUACCUGAAGCUGAAGAACUGGCAGUGGUGGAGACUCUUCACCAAGGUGAAGCCCUUGCUGCAGGUAACCAGACAGGAGGAGGAAAUGGGCCAGAAGGAGGAGGAACUCAAGGCAGCCAAAGAUGCAGCGGCCAAGAAGGAGGCCGAACUGAAGGACAUCACCCAGAAACACACGCAGCUGAUGGAGGAACGAGCGCAGCUGGAGUCCAAACUCCACGCGGAGACGGAGCUGUACGCCGAGGCCGAGGAGAUGAGGGUGCGCCUGGAGGCCAAGAAGCAGGAGCUGGAGGAGGUUCUGCAUGAGAUGGAGGCCAGGCUGGAGGAAGAGGAGGAACGCAGCAGCUCCCUGCAGCAGGAGAGGAAGGACAUGGAGCAGCAGCUGCAGACCAUGGAGGCCCACUUGGUGGAAGAAGAAGAUGCUCGUCAGAAGCUGCAGCUGGAGAAGGUGGCCGUGGAGGGAAAGGUGAAGAAACUGGAGGAGGAUGUUCUCCAGAUGGAGGACCAGAAUAACAAACUGCAGAAGGAGCGAAAGCUUCUGGAGGAGAGGAUGGCCGAUUUAAACUCCAACCUGGCCGAGGAGGAGGAGAAGUCCAAGAACCUGACCAAACUGAAGAGCAAGCACGAGUCCAUGAUCUCCGACUUGGAGGUACGCUUCAAGAAGGAAGAGAAGGGUCGUCUGGACAUGGAGAAGGCCAAGAGGAAGGUGGAGGCCGAGGUGGCGGAGCUCCACGAGCAGCUGGCUGACCUGCAGGCCCAACUAGCCGAGCUCCGAGCUCAGCUGGCUGCCAAGGAAGAGGAGCUGCAAGCCACGCAGGCCCGUUUGGACGAGGAGAGCAACCAACGCGGGGCGGCUGUGAAGAAGGUUCGGGAGCUGGAGGCCUUCCUCUCUGAGGUGCAGGAGGACUUGGAGGCUGAGAGGGCAGCCCGAGCGAAGGUGGAGGCAGCCCGUCGGGACCUGGGGGAGGAGCUAAACGCCCUGCGGUCUGAGCUGGAGGACAGCCUGGACACCACCGCCGCCCAGCAGGAGCUUCGGGCCAAGCGUGAGCAGGAGGUGGCCAUGCUGAAGAAAGCCAUGGAGGAGGAGGGGCGGAGUCACGAGGCCCAAAUCCAAGACCUGAGGCAGAAGCACGGUCAGGCUGUGGAGGAACUCUCUGAGCAGCUGGAGCAGGCCAAGAGAGUGAGAGCAGGUCUGGAGAAAGCCAAGCAGACUCUGGAGAAAGAGUCUGCAGAUCUCAGCGCUGACCUUCGAUCCCUCGCCAGCGCCAAGCAGGACGUGGAGCACAAGAAGAAGAAGGUGGAGGGUCAGCUCAACGACCUCAACUCACGCUUCAACGAGAGCGAGCGGCAGAGGACCGAGCUGGGCGAGCGGGUCUCCAAGAUGACUAUGGAAGUGGACAACCUGAGCAGUCUACUGAAUGAAGCGGAGGGGAAGAACAUCAAGCUUAGUAAAGAUGUUUCCGGUUUGUCCUCGCAGCUCCAGGACACACAGGAGCUGCUGUCAGAGGAGACGCGUCAGAAGCUGAACGUGGCGGGCCGUCUGCGUCAGGUGGAGGAGGACAAGAUCAGUCUGGCGGAGCAGCUGGAGGAGGAGAGCGAGGCCAAGCGAGCCUCAGAGAGGCAGGCGUCCAGCCUCAACGUUCAGCUGGCAGACUGCAAGAAGAAGCUGGAUGAGACGUUGGGCUCUGUGGAGAUGCUGGAGGAGGGAAAGAAGCGUCUGCAGCGUGACUUGGAGGCGGCCAACAACGAGUACGAGGAGAAGGCCUCGGCCUACGACAAGCUGGACAAGAGUCGCGGUCGACUGCAGCAGGAGCUGGAGGACGUCCUCAUGGACCUGGACAGCCAGCGGCAGCUUGUCUCCAACCUGGAGAAGAAGCAGAAGAAGUUUGAUCAGAUGCUGGCGGAGGAGCGAGCCGUGUCCGGUAAGUUUGCAGAGGAGCGGGAUCGAGCAGAGGCCGAGGCGAGGGAGAAGGAGACCAAGGUGUUGGCUCUAUCAAGAGCACUGGAGGAGAACCGUGAGGCUCUGGAGGAGGCAGAGAAGACCAUGAAAGGCCUCCGAGCUGAGAUGGAGGACCUGGUCAGCUCCAAAGACGACGUGGGAAGAAGUGUCCAUGACCUGGAGAAGGCCAAGCGUGGCCUGGAGGGCGUUGUGGAGGAGAUGAAGGCCCACAUGGAGGAGCUGGAGGAUGAGCUGCAGGUCGCCGAGGAUGCCAAGCUACGUCUGGAGGUCAACAGUCAGGCCCUCAAAGCCCAGCACGAGAGGGAGCUGCAGGCCCGGGAGGAGAUGGGCGAGGAGAAGAGGAAGCAGCUCCUCAAGCAGUUGCGUGAGCUGGAGGCCGAGCUGGAGGAGGAGAAGAAGCAGCGAGGUCAGGCAUCUGGCGGCAAGAAGAAGUUGGAGGGCGAGCUGAAGGACAUGGAGGACCAGCUGGAGGCCACCAACAGAGGACGAGACGAGGCCGUCAAGCAGCUGCGCAAGAUCCAGGGUCAGGUGAAGGAUCUCCAACGGGAGCUGGAAGAUUCCCGUGCGGCUCAGAAGGACGUGCUGGCCUCAGCGAGAGAGGCCGAGCGGAAAUCCAAGGCCAUGGAGGCGGACAUAGUGCAGCUACAUGAGAUGCUGGCGGCGGCUGAGCGAGCUCGAAAGCAGAUGGAGGCGGAGAGGGACGAACUCGCCGAGGAACUCGCCAGUAACUCGUCCGGAAAGACCAUGCUGUCUGAUGAGAAGCGUCGCCUGGAUGCAAAGAUCAGCCAGCUGGAGGAGGAGCUGGAGGAGGAGCAGACCAACAUGGAGAGCCUCAAUGAGCGUCUGAGGAAGAGCCAGCAGCUGGUGGAGCAGCUGGGAGCGGAGCUGACGGCGGAGAAGUCCACGUCGCAGAACAAGGAGGCGUCCAGGCAGCAGCUGGAGAGACUGAACCGCGAGCUGAAGGCCAAAGUGCAGGAGAUGGAGGGCCAGGGCCGCUCCAAGCUCAAGUCCUCCGUCACCACCCUGGAGAACAAGCUGAAGGAGAUGGAGGAGCAGUUGGAGGUGGAGAGCAGAGAACGUCAGACGGCCGCCAAGAAUCUGCGGCAGAAGGAGAAGAAGCUGAAGGACCUGAUGCUCCAGAUGGAGGACGAGAGGAAGCAGGCACAGCAGUACAAAGACCAGGCUGAGAAGGGCAACGUGCGCAUGAAGCAGCUGAAGCAUCAGCUGGAGGAGACGGAGGAGGAGGCGCAACGCGUGGUGGCCGCCCGCAGGAAGCUGCAGCGGGAGCUGGACGAGGCGGCCGAGGCCAACGACGCCCUCAGCAGGGAGGUGACUUCGCUGAAGGGCAAACUGAGGCGUGGCGGGGAGGCGGGAUUUAGCGCCGCUAGUCCUCGCAGCGGCGGUGGAGGCGGUGGAGCCAUGAGGAGCUUGGGGCUGAUUGGAGGGAGCAUCAGCCGGAGGAGCACCACCAUUGUGGAAAACUCGGUGGAAAUCCCGGAGGAGGAGCCUCGCUCUCCGUCUCCCCCUGCCCGCAGCCCCCCCCUGGAGGCUGAUGAGGAGGUGAACGAGAUCCCCCCUGACGAGUAGACACACAAGUCCUCACACAUCCAAAAAUAUAUUAACACAACACAUUGUCACAACUGCUGAGCAAUUCUCACAAAUCUUCAUUGAAUUCAUCCUAUUAUUGUGUGAGAUUAAGCGUGAUAAUUACCACAGCACGUGAAUGCAGCUCCCACUAUUGAUUAAUAUCAUUCAUGCACUGGAAAUUACCUUAUUAUAUGGCCAUGUGUGGCAUAUACAAGUAUAUAUACACAAGUAAUACUUCAGAAUACAAGUACUGCGGUGAUGCUGCUUGCCGGUGUCCUAGCUAACCUCCUUUCUGUCAACUUAUUCAAAUUAAAUUCCGUGUGUUCCAGGCCCUUUUUCUAUGUUUUCUUUAGCAGAUAGGAAAUGCUAAAUUAUCAUACCAGAAGCUUAAGAUGGAUUAUAUUUUUAGGAAAAUUACCAUAAAUUGACUUUGCAGAGUGCCAUAAACAUUACCAUAGAUCGUGUAUAGUAUUACGGAGCUUAUAAUGCAGGUUUAGCUUUCAAGCUAACAUCACAAGAAAAGGGCCCACCUGGCUGUAAAGGUGCGAUAAUGGACAACAUCUGAAGCAGUGCAAGACGAAUCCUGUUAGUUUGCUAAUAUUGUUGGGGUAGAAUAUUCCUACAUUAUGGGAUUUCUUAGAGUUAUUGAUUGAACAUGCUACACAAGCUAGCAUUAGCAUACAAAUACGGUAAUUGUCGAUGGUCUCGCGACGCUUUUAACGCGCACAAAUUCUUCUUCUUCCGGGAUAGUCCGGCAUACUUGGCGCUUUGCUGCCCCCUCUGGUAAGAGCCAGUACUGUUUUAUAUCGCCAAUAGUGUUUAGCUAAAGGAGUCAGUCAAACACAUUUUCACAAUACAAACAACCAAUUAAAUGCGCGAUAAAACUAUUUGAAAUAAAAUAUAGCGUGUUAAUUUGCCCAAUUUUAAAAAACCAUAGGGUCAUAUGUAUGCAAAUAAUAAAAAAAAAUCGCACUCUAUAGGGUUAUUUGCUACACAAACCUUUCGUAACAUUAAUUAGCAUUAAGGCAACAAAUCACCUAAAUCACCUCUAUUUUACUGAACACAUUUAGAUGUUAAUUUUUUUUGCUUGUGGCUGAAAUGAUGCACUUUUCGUAGCGAAUGUUGUGAUUCUUCAUUUAUCUCCCAAUGGAUUGUCAAAUUAACUUUCAAUUAACGGCAUUAAAUCACAAUUG